AUGGCACCUCGCAAGCUUUACCUCGAGAACCAGAAAGCCUCUACCAAAGGCACAAAGGCCUUUAUCGACGCGGGAGUAGUGAAGCGCCGGUACAAGAAGGUUCGCUUUCACGAGAAUGGGCUAAUCAACGUUGAACGAAAAACCGGAAAGUACUUUAAGAUGGCGAGAGAAAACCAACAGGGUUCACCAUUGCUACGCCUCCCACCAGAGCUGCGUUGCUUGGUCUUCGAAUAUGCGCUUGGUGGCAACACAUAUAUGAUCAGACACCACCGGAAAAGCAAGUCAAUAAAGAACACAACAGUAGCAAAGCAUGCUCUCGCUUUGCUCUCCGUCUGCCGUCAGAUCUUUGCCGAAACUGCUCUCCUGCCAUUCAGCUUGAACACGUUCUCGGUCUUUCGCCCUGUGGUAUUCAAAAUGUGGAUCAAAAGCUUUCACCCAGCUUUUGCCGAAGUUGUCACUUCCGUACGCAUCGACACGCUAGCCCUGUGGUACAAAACGCAUGACAAUAAGCAUCGAGCUCAAUACACUCCUCUUGGCAAUUCCAAUAUACAGUUAUCUUCUAUGCUCACCUCGCUCAAGGUCAUACAAAUUGCUCUUAUUGUCAAAGCUACGUCCAUGGAAGAUACAAAUGUGAUGGAGGAGCUAAACAAGCAGGGGGAAGAAAUCAGAGGUUUCUACGAGUUGGCGAAUGGCGGUAUCAAAGUCAAUUUGACCCGAAUCAUUGAGUAG